AUGAUGAGAAGCGAUAUUUCUAAUCAAAUUUCUCAAGAAUUAAACAAUACAAAUAUUAAUUUAAAUGGAAAAUCAUUCAAUGAUUAUAAAUUUAAAGAACCAAUUAAAGAUUAUUCAAGAUAUUUAAGUUUAAGAAAUUCAACACCAUGUCAAUUAACAGAAGUUGAAAUUUCAACAUUUCUUGCUUCAUCUGAAAUUUUAUCUUUUGGUGCAGGUAUACCCAGUAAAUUAUUUUUUCCAAUUAAGGAAUUAGAAUUUAAUUUUAAUUUUUUGGGAAAUGAAAAAGUUAGAUUAUCAAAAGAAGACUUGGAUUUAGUGCAACAAUACUCUGAUUCACCAGGUUUACCAAAAUUAAGAAAUUGGUGUAAAUCAAUUCAACAAAGACAUCAUGGAUUAUGUGAUCCAAAUACACCAGGUAAAGAAUGGAAUUUAUUAAUGACACCAGGAUCACAACAUGCUCUUGAUUGUUUAGUUAAAGCAUUUUUUAAUAGAGGUGAUACAUUAAUAGUUGAAAGAUAUACUUAUGGUGGUAUGUUUGCAGUUACACAACCAUCAGGUAUUAAUUUUGCAGCAUGUGAAAUGGAUAGUAAAGGUAUGAUACCAAGUGAAUUGGAUAAUUUAUUAAGUAAUUGGGAGAGUACUCAUCCAGAUUUGAAAUUCCCAAAAUUAAUUUACAUGAUACCACAUGGUCAAAAUCCAACCGGUAUUUUAUAUGACAUGGAGAGAAAAGAAGAGAUUUAUAAAAUUGCAUGUAAAUUCGAUUUAUUAAUCAUAGAAGAUGAUCCUCACUUCUUUUUACAAUUGGAUAAUGAGAUAGUAAAUGGUAAAAGAGUGCUAAACAAAUCAUUCCUUUCAAUUGAUAAAGAAGAUAGAGUUAUUAGAUUGGAUACAUUUUCAAAGUUUUUAUCAAGUGGUAUUAGAAUGGGUUUUGUAACUACCAAUUCAAAAUUAUUCGGUGUGAUAGCAUUUGAAUUGAAUGCAUCAAUAUUUCAUUCAAGUGGGUUAACUCAAAUUGCAUUAGAGAAAUUAUUAACAAAUUGGGGCGAUGAAAAAUUUGAUAGUCAUGUUAAUUUUGUUCAAGAAGUGUUAAUUAGAAAAAGAAGGGAAACAAUUGAACUUUUAGAGAAACAUCUCAAAGGUCAAGUUGAAUAUAGUGUACCAAAAGCUGGUCUAUACUUUUGGGUUAAACUAUUAGGUAUCGAUUGUUCCUAUGAAUUUGUAAGAGAUGUCCUAAGACAUCAUAAAGUUAUCUUUGGUCUAGGUAUUUCAAGUUCACCAAAUAGAACCAUUAAAACACCAUAUAUCAGAGUCACAUUUUCAUAUCUUGAAAAAGAAGAUGGUGAAGUUGCUUUUAAAACCUUAUCAGAUUGUUUAAAAGAUUAUAUAAAAAAUAAGAAAAUCAUUAAGCAUGAUGAAGAUGUAACUUUAUAUAAUAAUAUAUCUUAA